UUUAAAAAGGAUCGGGUCACAGCAGGAUUCUCCCUCGACAAACAGGCACCAUGAAGCUGGAGCAGCGUCUCUCUAUUUGUGUCCUGCUGGUACUUUGUGUGACAUGUAGUGCAAAUGGAGGGAAGAUUUUGGUGUGGUACACUGAAGGUAGUCACUGGAUUAACAUGAAGCCUGUGCUGGAGACGCUGAUCGACAGGGGACACCAGGUGACAGUUCUGGUCCCGAGCGCAUCGAUGUUCAUGAACACCAGUGAGCCUUCCCGCUUUCGCUACGAACCGUUCAAUGUCUCUGUCUCAAUGGAGGUCAUAGAGAAGUUCAUGGGAGAGUUCCUUCAUUUCUCCAUGUACGAGAUGGAUUAUAUGGGCUACUUGCAGAUUUACAUUAGAUUCAUGGAUCUGAUGAAGCGCAACAUGCAGGUUUCUUUGAAAUAUUUGGAUGGUGUGGUGAAAUCAGAAACAAUCAUGAAGAGGCUGAAGGAGGAAAAAUAUGACCUCCUCCUGGCUGACCCUGUCUAUCCCGGCAGUGACUUAACAGCAGAGAUUUUGGGCAUCCCCCUGGUCUUCUCCCUGCGCUUUUCCCUUGCCAAUAACUGGGAGAGACUGUGUGGUCAGCUACCUGCUCCACCUUCCUUUGUCCCCGGCGCUAUGAGCAAACUGACCGACAACAUGGACUUCUCAGAGCGAGUGUGGAACUUCCUCUUCUACGCACUGCAGGAUAUCGUGCUGAGUAACAUAUUUUGGAGAGAAUUAGAUAGAUAUUACUCCGAUAUCAAAGGAAAACCCACCAGUGCCUGCGAGACGAUGAGUAGAGCAGACAUCUGGUUGAUGCGAACCUACUGGGAUUCUGAUUUCCCUCGUCCUUUUCUCCCUAACUUCAAAUUUGUUGGCGGGGUCCACUGCAGACCUGCUAAACCUUUACCAGAGGAUAUGGAAGAGUUUGUGCAGAGUUCUGGAGACGCUGGCAUCGUGGUCUUCACUUUGGGAUCAUUCAUCAAGAACAUCACCGUAGAGAAGGGAAACAUGAUAGCCUCAGCUCUCGCUCAGAUCCCACAAAAGGUACUGUGGAGAUAUAGUGGAGAAAAACCAAAGACUCUGGGUGCCAACACCCGAAUAUACGACUGGAUUCCUCAGAAUGACCUACUGGGUCACCCCAAGACCAGAGCGUUUAUCACCCAUGGUGGCGCAAAUGGGAUAUAUGAGGCCAUCUACCACGGUGUUCCCAUGGUGGGUAUCCCCAUAUUCGCUGACCAGCCGGACAACAUGGUUCAUAUUAAGGCUAAGGGAGCUGCAGUUAACGUACGCUUGAACUUCAUGAAGACUGAGGACCUUAGAGAUGCAAUCAAUGCUGUCACCAACGAGAAAUCGUACAAGGAGAAUGCCAUGCGGCUGUCCAGUAUCCACCACGACAGACCAAUGAGUCCUCGGGAUGAGGCGGUAUUCUGGAUCGAGUUCACCAUGAGAAACAAAGGGGCCAAACACCUGAGGGUCCAGGCCCAUGAGCUCACCUGGUACCAGUAUCACAGCGUGGAUGUGCUGGUCUUCCUCCUUGCAAUCGUUCUGUUCCUCGUACUCCUAUUCAUCAAGACCUGCAGUUUCUGCUUCCGGAAGUGCAUUAAGGGAAAGACAAAGAGAAAGACUGAGUGACUGAAUUCAGGGUUGCCACUCUUUUGUUAUGAUACAUUUCGAGAAGUUUUCGGCCAAUAAUUCACAUAGAUGUUGACAUAUCUAACCCAGCACAGUACUAGACAGACUUAAAUGGUUUACCUGAAUUAGAUGGCAGUAGUAAGCAAUCCUUUUAUCCCAUGAGAAUGAAACAUUGGCAGGUUAAUAUAGACCCAAAAAUUUGACUUUUCUGUAUUAUGACUUUUUUUUAUCAUUAUAUUAAGCAAAUACAGUCAGAACUUUGUCUCCCUUUCUGGUGAUCAAUAACUAAAUAGCUGGUGAUAGUGGGAGGAUUUUGUCAAAAUAUAAUUAAAAACAAUUACAUUUGAAAACAUGUCAUGCACUGAAAAAUAAAAAAAUGCCUGACAAAAUGAAAAAACUAUUAUAAUUACUAUUAUAAAAAAAUAUUCCAGGUAUGUAAAAUUUGGGUGCUGUCAAGAUGUGAAAGCAAAAUGUCAUUUUGAGAAAAUGGCUGUAGAAUGUUUAGCUUAUUGCUAUUGAAGGUUUGUGUCUGGCCUUAGUGCACCCUUUUACAUCAAUAGUUACCAAUUGUAAAAUAAAUUAACAUAUUAUAUGUAUAUUUAGAAGAAAAUGGGCUCUCCAACUAACCUUUUUAUACUUUAGUUUUAUUGAUUUUCAUUUGCAACAAUCAGAAAAAGAACACGCUGGAUUGCCAUGUUUCUACAGUUUGUUCUUAUAUUAUUGUCAGUGUGGUAGUCUUAUCCUAUCGUUGGCGUGUAGACAGUCCAUUUUUUCCCCACUUUUCUCGAUAUUGUUCUUCUUGGGUCCUUAUCUUAUGAACUGUUCCAUAACAUGUAUUUCAUUCACAAUUUUCUGCCAAUCAUCUUGUGUUGGUGGGUCUGGCUUAUACAAUUUUCUCGUUAUUGCUUUUUUACAAGCUGCUAACAAAAUGUUCAACAAAUAUCUGUCCUCUUUUAACACAGCAUUCCCGGUCAUAUUGCCAAAAUAUAGUAAUAAACAUGACUUAGAAUUCUGACGAUAACCAGAUGAACAUCUUCCCAAAAUAUUACAUUAAGGUCAAAGCCAAAAAACAUGAGAAUGAUCUACAUUUAUAGCUACACAUUUUCUCCAACAUGGCUGUGGUAAAGAUAAGUAUUUGUUCUUAAUUCUGGGCGUGGUAAAGAAUAUAAUUAAAUUCUUCCAACAAAAUAAUCUCCAAUUACGUGAUGAUGUGGUUGACUGUCGUGUUCUCCAACUAUGCAACCAAUCAUCUUCCGAAAUAUUUACACCUAGCUCUCUUUCCCAUUUCAGUUUUACAUAUGAAGUUGUAUUCCCUCUUCCAUCCAUUAGUUGGCGAUAUAUUGUAGAUAUUAUUCUAUAUUUCUUUGAAUUGUGGAUUCUAAUCAUGGUUCUUAUUAUUCCAUUUUCAUCCAAAUUUACAUUAUGCUUUAUUUCUUUGUCAAAAAAGUCCCUUAUUUGCACAAAUCUGAAAUGGUCCUGGUUACUUAAUUUAUAUUUUUGUUUAAUCUCCUGGAAACUCAUGAAAUUCCCAUUUUUUAUUACUGUACAUAUUGCUGUUAUUCCACUUGUAAUCCAGUGUUUAACCUCUGGUCAAGAGCACUAGGGAUAAAAUGUCUGUCAUAGGCUAUCCAUUGAAGUAGUCUAAGCUCUUUCUCCAGUCUAUAUUUUUGUACUAGGUUAAACCACAAUUUUAAUGUAAAUUGGGUGACGGUAUCCACCUGUUCAAUCAUACUCAUUGUUUCUUCUCUGUCCCAAAAAAGGCUUUGAAUUUCCCUUCCAUGUACAAAUUGCUCUAAAUUUUUCCACUUUGCUACAUAGUUUUUAUCACAACAGCAAAUUACAGGUCUAAUUUGUGCUGCAUGAAAAUAUUCCUUAAAGUUUGGCAGCACCAUACUUCCCUUAUCUUUCCCAAUCUGUUAUGUUUCAAAUUUGAUUCUUGGUCUAUAACUAUACCAUAUAAACCUUGAAAUUACUUUAUCUCAUAUUAUAAAUUGUUUCUCAGGUAUCUCAAUGGAUAGUGAUUGAAACAGGUAGAGAAUACGAGGGAGAAUAUUCAUUUGUAUGGUCUCUAUUCGUGAAUCAAUGUCUAAUGGAAGUCUAGCCCGACUAUCCAUAUCAUUCCUAAUUUCCUUAUCCACUUUGAUAUAAUUGGCUUCAUAUAAUUCGUCAAUUUUUCGUGUUAAGGUGACCCCAAGAUAUUUCAUUUUUGUUGCACUCCAAUUCAAAUUAUAUUUUAGUUGUAUGUUUUUAGAUGGAAAGUAGUUAAAUGUUAAGAUUUGCGUUUUAGUCAGAUUCAGCUUGUAUCCCAAGCAGAAACCAAAUGUCUCAAGUUGGUUGAUUAAUAUGGGAAUACAUAUGUCUGGGUCCUCUAAGAAACAGGUCACGUCGUCAGCAAAAAGCCCAAUGGUGUGUACUUCUCUCCCAACCUUUAUCCCUUUAAGAUCAUUAUUCUGCUUGAUUGCUUGUGCCAGGGGCUCUAUGAAAAUUGCAAAGAAGGUUGGUGAAGACAACAAACCAGCCUGGUAGACCGUUGUAAAAUUAUACUGUCAGUCAGACUGCCGUUUAUUUUUAUCCAUGCAGUUGGUUUUUGACGAUUAGUGUUUUAAUACAUUCAACGGCUUUGUCGUUAAGUCCGAAUUUUUCAAGUACUUGAUAUAGAAAAGUCCAACUGACGCUAUCAAAUGCCUUUUCUGCAUCAUGUUUAAUAAGGCUGCACUAAUAAUUUUUUUUUGAAUAUGAUCAAUGAUAUGUAGAGUUCUCCUUAUGUUAUCUUGGGUUUGGCUUCCCUUAAUAAAGCCUGUCUGGUCUUCCUCGAUGAUGUCACUAAUAAAGUGUUUAAAUCUUUUUGACAUGAUCAAA